GGACAGGAGAGAGGUGGCUCCGGUGCCGCUGUUACUGCAGGCGGCAUCUCCCGUACCAGCCCUCGGGUCAGCCCUGAGCCACCCGCAGCUACUCAUGGGUUAACCCCCCUCGCCGCCCGCUCGCUUCGCGGUGCCAAAGUGGGUGUUGCUGGAAUUCCUCUCUCCCUCUCCCGUAAUGAGGGGGCUGAGCUGUCCCUCCGAGGAGGGGGCAUGGUGUGGAUAAAAGAGACGAAAAAUCAGGGAGAGGUUUCCAAAAAUAAAACCUUCCAGUUCCCCUUCGGAAGGCCACAGCCAGAGGGAGAAGGCGCGAAGGUGCAGCAGCCGCGCGCUUCUAGCUGGGGACCCAGCGCGGGCGCCGGGCGCAGGGCGCGCAGCCCCGGGCCGCUCCCCCGCCCAGCCCUCGGGGCCCCCCAGACGAAGAGAAGCGGGCCUCCGAAGGGGACCCGAGCGCAGCCCGUCGGCGGCCCGGGUAACCGACUGCCAGCCCCGGACUCGCCCCGCGCGCCCCGCUCUCCGGUGGCCCCCGGCGCCAUGAGGCCGCCGGCGCCAGCCCCCUGCCCCGGGCGCACCCGGUGGAACCCCUGGAGGGGCUUCCUGCCGCUCACCCUGGCUCUCUUCGUGGGCAUGGGUCGUGCUCAGAGGGACCCGGUGGGACGAGUCGAGCCGGUGGGCAGGGACGCGAGUCGGCUCUGGCGCCCGGGGGGCAGCCACCACGCAGCGGCCGCAGCCAAGGUGUACAGUCUGUUCCGGGAGCAGGACGCGCCCGGCCCGGGCUCACCGCCCGCGGAGCCGGCCCAACCCGGCUGGGGGAGCCCCAGGAGGCCCGCCGAGCCCGAGGCCAGGAGGCCGCCCCGAGCGCAGCCGCCGCCGCGAGUCCGGCCACCUGCGCAGACCUGGAGGAGCAGUCGCUGGGGCCAGCAGCAGCCCGCCCCCCGGGCGAGGGCGGCCUCGGCUCUCCCGCGCUACGGGACCCUGCAGCGGCCCCGGGCUGCGCCCCCAACCCCGCCACGAGGGCGGCCCACGGGGAGGAACGUCUGCGGGGGAAAGUGCUGCCCGGGGUGGACAACGGCAAACAGCACCAACCACUGUAUCAAACCUGUGUGCCAGCCGCCGUGCCAGAACAGGGGCUCCUGCAGCCGGCCCCAGCUCUGCGUGUGUCGCUCUGGCUUCCGCGGAGCCCGCUGUGAGGAGGUUAUCCCCGAGGAGGAAUUUGACCCCCAGAACUCAAAGCCAGCUCCCCGACGCUCAGCCGAGGGCUCACACAACUUGCGCAGGAGCAGUGCAGCCAGACAAAGCACAGCGGCCAGAGCACAGCCACUGACACCACAGCUGCCACCAGCCAGGAGCCUGAGUGAGCUCAGCCAGCCCCGCCCCUCCCGGCAGCGCGUGGGGCUGUCCCGGACCGUCAGACUUUACCCGGCCACCUCAGCCAAUGGCCAGCUGACGUCCAAUGCCCUGCCCGCGGGACCAGGCCUUGAGCGGAGGGAUGGUGCCCAGCAGGCAGCAUAUCUGGACCACCUGUCAUCCCCCUGGGGGCUGAACCUCACGGAGAAAAUCAAGAAGAUCAAGAUCAUCUUCACUCCUACCAUCUGCAAGCAGACCUGUGCCUACGGGCACUGUGCCAACAGCUGCGAGCGUGGCGACACCACCACCCUGUACAGCCAGGGCGGUCAUGGGCACGACCCCAAGUCUGGCUUCCGCAUCUAUUUCUGCCAGAUCCCCUGCCUGAAUGGAGGCCGCUGCAUCGGCAGGGACGAGUGCUGGUGCCCCUCCAACUCCACCGGGAAGUUCUGCCACUUGCCCAUCCCAAAGCUGGACAGGGAGCUUGCGGAGAGGGGCUCCCACCACAGGGCCCUGCUGGAGGGCCCCUUGAGGCAGUCCACCUUCACCUUGCCGCUCUCCAACCAGCUGGCCUCUGUGAACCCCUCCUUGGUGAAGGUGCACAUUCACCACCCGCCCGAGGCCUCCGUGCAGGUGCACCAGGUGGCGCGGGUGCGGGGUGAGGCCGAGGAGGCCCCGGAGGAGAACAGCGUGGAGACCAGACCUGUGCCCCGGCUCCCUGCCAGCCCUGGCCACGGCCACUGGGACAGCAACAGCAUCCCCGCUCGGCAUGGAGAGGCCCCGCGGCCACUGCCCCCGGCGGCACCCAGGCCUCAGGGGCUGCUGGGCCGGUGUUACCUGAGCAGCGUGAACGGCCAGUGUGCCAACCCCCUGCUGGAGCUGACUACCCAAGAAGACUGCUGUGGCAGUGUGGGGGCCUUCUGGGGGGUGACCCUGUGUGCCCCCUGCCCGCCCAGACCAGCCUCUCCAGUGAUUGAAAAUGGCCAGCUGGAGUGUCCCCAGGGGUACAAGAGACUCAACCUCACUCACUGCCAAGAUAUCAACGAGUGCCUGACCCUGGGCCUGUGCAGGGACUCGGAGUGCGUGAACACCAGGGGCAGUUACCUGUGCACCUGCAAGCCCGGCCUCAUGCUGGAUCCCUCGAGGAGCCGCUGCGUGUCGGACAAGGCUGUCUCCAUGCAGCAGGGGCUGUGCUACCGGUCCCUGGGGCCAGGCACCUGCACCCUGCCUCUGACCCAGAGGAUCACCAAGCAGAUAUGCUGCUGCAGCCGAGUGGGCAAAGCAUGGGGCAGCAAGUGUGAGAAAUGCCCCCUGCCUGGCACAGAGGCCUUCAGGGAGAUCUGCCCCGCCGGCCAUGGCUACACCUACUCGAGCUCAGACAUCCGCCUGACCAUGAGGAAAGCCGAGGAGGAGGAACUGGCCAGGCCCUCGAGGGAGCAAGGGCAGAAGACCAGUGGGACCCUGUCCAGACCAGUGGAGAGGCAGCCACUCCGGGCGGCCACCAGCACCUGGCUGGAGGCCGGGACCAUUCCUGACAAGGGUGACUCUCAGGCUGGCCAGGUCACAACCAGUGUUACCCAAGUCCCUGCCUGGGUCCCAGGAGAUGCCACAGGAAGGCCAACGCCACCACCGCCUGGACAGGGGAGUCUAGAGACCCGGGAAGAAGAGCAAGUGACCACCCCCACCGACGUGCUGGUGACCCUGGGCCCCCCAGAUAUUGACAGAUGUGCCGCUGGAGCCACCAACAUCUGUGGCCCCGGGACCUGUGUGAACCUCCCGGAUGGAUACAGAUGCGUCUGCAGCCCCGGCUACCAGCUGCACCCCAGCCAGACCCACUGCACAGAUGACAAUGAGUGUCUGAGGGACCCCUGCAUGGGGAAAGGGCGCUGUGUCAACCAUGUGGGCUCCUACUCCUGCCUCUGCUACCCUGGCUACAGACCGGCCACCUCAGGGACCACGCAGGAAUGCCAAGACAUAGACGAGUGUGAGCAGCCAGAGGCGUGCCCUGGUGGGCGGUGCACCAACACGGAGGGCUCCUACCGCUGCGAGUGUGAUCAGGGCUACAUCAUGGUGAGGAAGGGACACUGCCAAGAUAUCGACGAAUGCCGUCACCCUGGCACCUGCCCUGAUGGGAGAUGCGUCAACUCCCCCGGCUCCUACAGUUGCCUGGCCUGCGAGGAGGGCUACAGAGGCCUGAGCGGGAGCUGUGUAGAUGUGAACGAGUGUCUGACCCCUGGGGUCUGCGCCCAUGGAAGGUGCUACAACCUGAUCGGCUCCUUCAGAUGCUCUUGUGAGCCGGGCUACGAGGUCACCUCAGAUGAGAAGAGCUGCCGAGAUGUCAACGAGUGUGCCAGCCGGGCCUCGUGCCCCACAGGCCUCUGCCUCAACACGGAGGGCUCCUUCGCCUGCUCAGCCUGCGAGAGUGGGUACUGGGUGAAUGAGGAAGGCACUGCCUGUGAAGACCUAGACGAGUGCGCCUUCCCGGGAGUCUGCCCCUCAGGAGUCUGCACCAACACUGCCGGCUCCUUCUCCUGCAGGGACUGUGACCAGGGCUUCCGGCCCAGCCCCCGGGGCCACUCCUGUGAAGACGUGGAUGAGUGUGAAGACCUCCAGAGCAACUGCCGGGGAGGCGAGUGCAAGAACACGGCUGGCUCCUACCAGUGCCUCUGCCCCCCGGGCUUCCAGCUGGCCAAUGGCACUGUGUGUGAGGACGUGGACGAGUGCGUGGGAGAGGAGUACUGCGCACCCCACGGCGAGUGCCUCAACAGCCACGGGUCCUUCUUCUGUCUCUGUGCCCCCGGCUUUGUCAGCGCAGAGGGAGGCACCCGCUGCCAGGAUGUGGACGAGUGUGCAGUCACAGACCGGUGUCUGGGAGGGCACUGUGUCAACACCGAGGGCUCCUUCGACUGUCUGUGUGAGACUGGCUUCCAGCCCUCCCCGGAGAGCGGGGAGUGUGUGGAUGUUGACGAAUGCGAGGACCACGGAGACCCGGUGUGUGGGGCCUGGCGGUGUGAGAAUAACCCUGGCUCCUACCGCUGUGUCCUGGGCUGCCAGCCUGGCUUCUACCUGGCCCCCUCUGGAGACUGCAUAGACAUAGACGAGUGUGCCAACGACACGGUGUGCGGGAGCCACGGCUUCUGCGACAACACGGAGGGCUCCUUCCGCUGCCUCUGUGACCAGGGCUUCGAGACCUCGUCCACCGGCUGGGACUGCGUGGACGUGAACGAGUGUGAGCUCAUGCUGGCCGUGUGCGGGGCGGCGCUCUGUGAGAAUGUGGAGGGCUCCUUCCUGUGCCUCUGCGCCAGCGACCUGGAGGAGUACGAUGCUCAGGAGGGGCGCUGCCGCCCACGCCCACGGGGGGCCGAAGGUCAGAGCAUCCCCCAGGCCCCGCCAGGGGACCACCUCUCAGGCCCCGUCCGCAUGGAAUGCUACUCUGGACACAAAGACCAGCCGCCCUGCUCCCACCUCCUGGGCCGGAACACCACGCAGGCCGAGUGCUGCUGCACCCAGGGUGCCAGCUGGGGAGACGCCUGUGACCGCUGCCCAGCCGAGGACUCAGUCGAAUUCAGCGAGAUCUGCCCCAGCGGUAAAGGCUACAUCCCUGUGGAAGGAGCUUGGAUGUUUGGACAGACCACAUACACAGAUGCUGAUGAGUGUGUGAUGUUCGGGCCUGGUCUCUGCCAGAACGGCCGGUGCCUCAACACGGUUCCCGGCUACAUCUGCCUGUGCAAUCCUGGCUACCACUACGAUGCCACCCGCAGGAAGUGUGAGGAUCAUGACGAGUGCCAGGACAUGGCCUGCGAGAACGGCGAAUGCGUGAACACGGAGGGCUCUUUCCACUGCUUCUGCAGCCCGCCCCUCACCCUGGACCUCAGCCAGCAGCGCUGCGUGAACAGCACCAGUGGCAUGGAGGACCUGCCUGACCAUGACAUCCACAUGGACAUCUGCUGGAAAAAAGUCACCAAUUACGUGUGCAGCCAACCCCUGCACGGGCGCCGCACCACCUACACGGAAUGCUGCUGCCAGGAUGGCGAGGCCUGGAGCCAGCAGUGUGCCCUGUGCCCCCCCACGAGCUCCGAGGUCUACGCUCAGCUGUGCAACGUGGCCCGGAUUGAAGCCGAGCGGGAGGCUGGGGUCCACUUCCGACCAGGCUACGAGUACGGCCCAGGGUCUGAGGACCUGCACUACGGCCUCUAUGGCCCAGAUGGGGCCCCCUUCUACAACUACCUGGGCCCCGAGGACGCCAUCCCUGAGCUGCCCUUCCCCAACACAGCCGGCCACCCAGGAGACCACGUGCCAGGCCUGGAGUCUCCCCUGCAGCCCUCAGAGCUCCAGCCCCGCUACGUGGCCAGCCACCCAGAACACCAGGCUGGCUUCGAAGGGCUUCAGGCAGAGGAGUGUGGCAUCCUGAACGGCUGUGAGAACGGCCGCUGUGUGCGUGUGCGGGAGGGCUACACCUGUGACUGCUUCGAGGGCUUCCAGCUGGACAUGGCCCACAUGGCCUGUGUGGAUGUGAAUGAGUGUGAUGACUUGAACGGGCCUGCUGCACUCUGUGCCCAUGGUCACUGCGAGAACACGGAGGGCUCCUACCGCUGCCACUGCUCCCCCGGUUAUGUGGCCGAGGCAGGGCCCCCCCACUGCACUGCCAAGGAGUAGCAGUGAGGGGUCAGUGUCGGCAGCUACCUGCAAACGGGCCUCAGGCAGGGGCCUUGAGGACGCUUUCCUAGCUGGGAAGAUACCAUGAAGUCAUCGGGCAGGAGGCCCUGCAGCCCCACUCCCAGCCAGCCUUGCCUGCUUUUCAUCUCUCCCAGUUUAGGCUCGGGCUGUGAGCUUGUCACUGCCUCCGUGCCACCAUGCCCUUGCUUGGCUCAAACACCACCAAAUGCUUUAAUGCUUCAGCCACUGGCCACAAGGCCCAGUCCGCCAUCUGUCCUGGCCUGACUAUGAGAUGCUUACCAAAGGACGGCCCUCAUCCUCCCCCGCAAGCUGUGCAAACGUGCAAGGCCCUCUGGCCUUACACCGCACCUUUUCCAGCCACGAUCCACCUAUCAUCCUGAUGACUGCAAAACUGGGUCAGAGGCUACAUCUGUCGUAGGAUGGGCCUUCAGAAUCUGUGGAGCACAAAAGGACUGGAGAAAGUUUGGGGAGUGACUCCAACGCCUCCUACCAAGAACCAUCACUGCCACUUAGCCAGUCUGGUCUGGACCAGAUUUUGCCACAUCAUUUUAUAGCCACUUCUGUGGCCCCUGGGAGGAGCAGAAGAUCCCCUCAUCCGGAAAAGCAAGACUGAUACCAGCUUGCUGAGUGUAAGAGACACAAAUGAAGGGGAGCAAGAAGACUGAGAAAGCAAGAGGGAAAUAUUAAAAAUAUAGGGAAUUGAGAAAAAGAAAAGGGGUGGGGAGCCAGGGCUUCACACAAAUCUAAAGAAAAUAUUCAGUUGCUUUGAGUAAAUAUUCAAAAUGUACCCAGCGGUAGCGCCUUUACACAAGACAGGGUGCCCGUCUCGGAAGACCUGCUCCGUACAGGAAACACCUUUCUCCUGGGCUCUCCUUUUGUGGGCACCAGUUUGAGUGUUAAAAAUAAAGAGGUCUAUUUCCUAGCUUGUGGGAUACAGCGUAAUCCUGUUUGGGGGGAAGCCAGAUUUCCUGUUGUUUCUCCUCUCUUCUCAGAAGCCUCUGCCCUCUCAACCUUCAUAAAAUGGCUGGCUGGCAUUCCUCUGAGUGCACAAGGAAAGACCCACUCCAACCUUGGCUAGCUGGGAAUUUAGUUAGAAGAAAGAAAUGUACAUCCGGGCUCUUCACUUUGGUUUCACAUGAAACCACAUUUCUUUACCACGUUGGCUAAGUCUAAACAUUAGCGAGGAGGCUGUGCCUACCUCUCGUGAGCUCUGCCAGUAGCCUGUGAUGGGGUUCCAGUGGGAAAAGGGUCUUUACUCUUCUGAGAUGAGAAAGCUCUGACUUUGUUUUCCUCUAAUGAACUGCAAUGUAAAUGAGCAAGGCUCCCUGUGCCUGGAGACAUGGAAAUGAAUACUAUUUUCUUAAUUUAAUCUGUCCUGUCCUACCUGCUGCUCUGAUUGUCAGCCAUCACAUAACUUAUUGAAUGCUUGCUCUGUGCUAGGCAAUGUUGAGUGCUAUACCCAAAUUUCAUUUAAUUAUCCAACAAUCCCAUUUACUAUUUUUAUUCCCAACUCACAAAUGAAAACAUCCUGACCCUCACUCACAAUAAAAGAAAUGCAAGUGAAACCACUGAAACGCUCUUGUCAGUUGGCAAGCAUCUGGGGAAAGAGGCACAUGCAUAGCUGACGGAAGUGUAAAGUGAUACAGCUUCUGAAAGGAUAUGGAAAUGUCUUUCAAUAUUAUAAAAGCACUUACUCUUUGAAUCAAUAAUUCCACUUCUAGGAAUUUAAUCUUCAGCUAUUUUCUCACCAAAUGUGAAAUGACAUAUGUAAGAGGUUAUGGUAUAGCAUUAUUUGUAAUAGCAAGAGAUUAGAAACAAUUACUAUUAACUGCUAUGGAGCCCUAAAAAGAAAAAGUGGCUCUAAAUGCCUUGAUAGGAUAUCCAAAAUAGAUGAAGGGGAAAGGAGGGUUGUAUAGCAAAGUGUAACACAUGCUGCUACUUGUCUAAAGAAAGGGGAGAAUUGGGUAUUCGCUAACUCCAUCUUACACCCCAUGUUUCAGAGAAUGUCACCAUUCCUCAAUAUACCCUGCUGGCACUGUGCUUCCUUAAGUGCUGUUCCCAUUGCCCCUCCUCCUCUCUCACCACCCUGCUUGCCCUUCCAGAGACAUUUCGUGCAUAUACACACAUUUCUAUGUACUAAAAACACAAACAGCAUGCUAUGCAUGCUGUCCUAUACUUGCUUUUUUCACUUAAUUAUAAGAUUUCUCUCUUGGGCCGUGACCAGCAUGGCUAGAGAGCGGACGAGUCCUGAGUAGGGACGGCUGGGGAUUGAGAAAAGGAAAAAAAGAGACAGACACAAAGACUUUAAGUAAAGCUGGGACCAGGUGGGACGCUGCCCUCAGAUGGAGACACAGUGACCCAGAGCUAGUACAGGGCAUUUAUUAUAUACAGCAUGAUACCGGGAAGUUUUACUAGAGUUUAAGACAAAGGAAAUUAUGUGAAAUCAUGGUUAAAGAUCAAGCUGCAAUUCUUCAUUCUUGUGACUUCUUUGUAAUUGUCACUCCUGGCUGAGCCCAGAUCAUUGCAUCCGUUCCUGGCGCCUGGCUGAACUUAGAUAAUGAAACCCACCCCCUGGUGCCUGAGCUAAAGGUCAGGCUGACAACAUACCUGCCUCUGGCAAGGUAUGUUUCCAGGACGUGGCUCUGCUGACACCACUGGACUCAGCUGACAAUCAGCUCAUGCACCUUCCCAGGCGCUCUCUACACUUAAUACAUACUUGCACAUACAGGCUCUCUCAUCCUGUUUUAUAAGUGUAUACUAUGCCAUUGAAUGGAUAAAUCAUAAUUUAUUUAAUCAGCCCCCUACUGGUGGACAUUUCCAUUGUUUUCUAACUUUUGCUAUUAAAAACAAUGCUAUAAUGAUUAUUCUUGUGCAAAUGUUAUUUCAUAUUAUUUCUAUGGAUUAUAUACCUGUGGGCUAAAUUCUUAGAAACAAUGGUAACUUGUGGGGAGGAUGACAGGGUGGAUGGGUACAGUAUUGGAACACUUUUUCAUUGUAUCCCCUUUUGUGUCUCUUGGAAUUUUGUACCAUAUGUAUUACCCAUUCAAAAAAAUAAAAUAUUUUUAAAUACA